AUGCCCUUCUUCAACGGAAAUGCAUCGAGUGAGAUCUGGAUCCAGAGCUCACGCAUCUGUCGUCAUGUCGAGGAACUCAAGAGCAGCGUCAACAGCUCCGGUCGCCCCAUCACCACCAUCGGCGUCGCUGGCCAUCGCGCCGAACGCUUCCAGCUCGGUGUCAGCAAGGAUCUCUUCCCAAAUGGCGUCACCAUCCUCGCCCGCGAAAACAUGCAGUCCGGCCUCAUCCGCAUCGACCUCGAGGCUGACAUUGCCCACACCCACCACGUCUUGGACCCCUCGGUCGAUCGCUGGUACGACCGCCAAUGGAUCGUCGAGCGCAGCGCCUGGAGAUUCGGCGAUAUCGACUCGCUCGUGCUCGCCUUCUCGCCAUCCACCAUAGACGCAGGCGCCCGCGACCACGGCCACAUCCUCAUCUACCGCUUCGCUGCGGUCGAUGAACAAGAAUGGAAGGUCUUCUCCUCCCACGACCAGCUGCUCCAGCGGUUCAGUCACAUGACGCUAGACACUGCCGUGACUGAAAAGCAUGAGCGCUUCGCACCCACCACGCCGCACACUCCCGUAGCCAAGAAGCGAGAGGAAAAAAUCGAGCAGCCAAGCCUGGUCAUUGCCCCACCCAGGCUGACCGAUCCCAAACCUUUCUGUGCUCGUCGUCAAGAGUCAGCCGCGGGUCCAACUCCCAAGCUCGAGCAUCAGCUCCAAGCCCAGCAAGGCGAAGAGCAGGCUCGACCUGCCACCCAGCGCCUCGCGCGGCCGGCUUCGCCUAGCGCUUCUGACGGACACCAAUUCGCGGCUGCUUCCAUCAGGCAGCCAACUCCAAAAUUGCCCCAAGACCAGGUUGUCGAUGUUCCAAUCACAGAGGUUAUCCGUCGGCCCGAAACACCAACACCGCGCAUUGCCCCUCGCAAGACCUUGGCUGCGCGUCCGGUUGACACGCAGGCACCUUCAGCCCCGUCGGGCGACCAGGCUGACCGUGCUUUCCCCCGCCCCGAAGCACCAGAACAGCCUGCUCCUUCAGACGAGGCUGCGGCUGCGCCUUCGAUUGGCGAUGAGACGCCCAUGGCUCUGUCGAUCGACGAAGAACACGAUCAACAUCAGCCGACACAGCCGACGCAGCCAGAGGCGCGCGCCGAUCCGCAGAAGACCGUGGCCGAGCGUGCGUCCGAAAAGCAAGCACCUGCUCUGUCGAGGGACCAAGGCGACGAUGACAUCCCUGUCAAUGCAACAAUCGACCGGCGCGCGGACGAAGCCAGUGUUGUCGACGACACUUCUUUGGCUCCAGCAGUCGAACGGUGCACGGAGGAAGCCAUCGUUGUCGACGACACUUCUUUGGCCCCAGCAGCCGAACGGCGCACGGACGAAGCCAUCGUUGUCGACGAUGUUCCCUUGGCUCCAACGGUCGACCGGCGCACGGAGGAAGCCAUCGUUGUCGACGACACUCCCUUGGCUCCCGCGGUCGAACGGCGCACGGAAGAAGCCAUCGAUGUCGACGACAUUCCCUUCGCUAGUGUCGAACAGCGCACGGACGACGUCAUCGUUGUCGACGACACUCCCUUGGUUUCAGCAGUCGAACGGCGCACGGACGACGUCAUCGCUGUCGACGAAGUCGACGACGACGAAGACCAACCGCCAGUGGCGCGGAGACGGCGUUCCGCCUCACGCAGGAUGGCGGCUGCGCGUCGGAUUGACGGAUCGUCGCCUCCGCCUUUCUCCAGCGACAGGGGUGACGACGACGCCGAAUACCGGACAUCGAUGCCGGAGUACAUCUCUCCACCCAGGACCACGGUGAACCAGCCGUUGCUGAACCUGGACGCCUUGUUCCUGGAGGAGCCUCCGCGACGCUCGGGCCGUCUUCUCGAGCGGCAGCGCAGCCAACUCGAAAAGGCGCACCGGAAGAAGCUCAAGGAGCAAGAGAGGAUCCGUAGAGCGGCGCCGCGUCGGCCACAAUAUCCGCUUCAGGCGCACGGCCUCUUGAAGGCGCUGUGGACUCGGCCCGUCCAAAGCGUGAUGAUGGCGCGCACCUGGCCAAUGAGGGUCGCAAACAACGAGAGAGUCAUGCACAAGCUACAAGACCAUCUCGGAUGCAUCGACGACGAGGAAGAUCAGGAGCGAGGCGAGCAUCACCAAGAAAACCGGCGAGCGCUCGAGAACGGUGUCGCCUCCGACCUCUGGCUCCACCUUCGCCAAAUCGUUGGCACCGACGACGACGACGACGACGACGAGGAGGAGGAGGCUGCAACCGCAACGCCGAUGGGGCUGCUGACGCAGGCCACGCCGCAGCAACGAUCGCCCGAACGGCGCUCGCCUGCCAAGGCGGCGCAAAAAAGCCCGCAGCGCAAAUCGUCGCCGUCGAUCACCAUCGCACGCCUUGUGCUUCCCAACUACGGCAACAUCAGCUUCACCAAGCUCGAGCUGCAGCAAGCGUGGCUCCAGACCAUCGCCGAGGAGCGUGCGCUGGAGACGCUCCUCGACAAGCGACGAAAGCGAUGGGAAAAGGUGUACAAGACGUGCGCGCUGCACAAGGCGUACAUGCCGUUUCUGUGA